UUCGACAAACAGGUUAUUCACCAUUUUUUGAACAUGCCUCCUACUGUACCAUCAGUAAAACUUAACAAUGGACACUCAAUGCCGGCCUUCGGACUAGGGACAUGGCAGAUGGACGAAGCGGAGGCAGAAACAGCUGUGAAGCAAGCAAUAGACCUUGGUUACCGUCACUUCGAUACAGCUUUUAUCUAUCACAAUGAGGUUGCCAUCGGUAAAGCCGUCCGACAAAAGAUCAAGGAAAACGUUGUGAAGAGAGAGGAUAUCUUUAUUGUGUCUAAGCUUUGGAACACCUGCCACGCCAAGUCGGAAGUGUUGCCAGCAUGUCGCAGAUCUCAUACUUAUCUCUCCUUGGAUUACAUUGACCUCUACCUCGUCCAUUGGCCUUUUGGUCUCAAGAGCAAGACGGAGUCCCGUAACCCGCAGGUGUUUGAUGGGUUUGACGACACUUCACUGGAAGACACAUGGAGGGAGAUGGAGAAAUGCGUAGACCAAGGAUUGGUCCGUAGCAUCGGACUGUCUAAUUUCAACAGCCUCCAGGUCGAUCGGAUAAUCAAAAUUGCGAGGAUAAAACCAGUGUGUAAUCAGAUAGAGGUUCACGUGGGGUUCCACCAACAGAAACUGAUACACCACUGUAGGCAGAAGAGCGUAGAGGUGGUGGGGUAUUGUCCUCUUGGAGCUCCCAACCGUCCAGUGAAGAGAAGGAAUGAGAAGUCAGUGCUAGACCAACCUGCAGUCAUGCAGAUAGCUUCAGUCCACGGCAAGACUCCAGCACAGGUCGCACUGCGAUAUCUGUUGAUACACCACUGUAGGCAGAAGAGCGUAGAGGAGGUGGGGUAUUGUCCUCUUGGAGCUCCCAACCGUCCAGUGAAGAGAAGGAAUGAGAAGUCAGUGCUGGACCAACCUGCGGUCAUGCAGAUAGCUUCAGUCCACGGCAAGAUUCUUGCACAGGUCGCACUGCGAUAUCUGGUACAGUUGGGAGUUACACCAAUACCAAAAUCAAAUACCACACAGCACAUGAAAGACAACAUAAAUAUAUUUGAUUUUAAAUUGAGUGAAGAAGAAAUGACUGAAUUAGACAAACUAAACACUGAUGAAAGAGUGAUGCUUUAUCCACUAGCAAGACAUCAUACAGAGUGGCCGUUCAAGAUACCAUUUUAGAUAUGGUUGGAGGAAAAUUUAAAACAUCUCACUGAUGGACAUUUACACUUGUCCUACAUAUGAUUUAAGUUUUGUUUUAGUGUUCUUGAUAUAUUUUUGCCAUUAAUACAUACAGUUCAAUAAUCUAAUAAACAAGAGUUUGGUCCCUUGAA